GCCAAGACGCGGUCGGGGAACCAUUCGGGCGUCACGUUCCCCGCCAGAUUCGAUUGAAUAUCGAGGUCCUAGCUGCUGUUAAAUCAAUACGACAAUUGGGAGCAUCGUGGUUGACUUGAGUAGUUACUUCCGAUCCUUAUACUAGAGUGAGCACUGGAUACAUAUUUCAUCUCAGUGCGGUCACCCCACCACCAAUAUGAUGACCGGUCUCCAAACCGCCAAAAAGGAACUCCGUGGAAAGAUCCGCAAUGUUCUGCAGCAAGUCCCAGCAGAAUCAAUUACCAAUCAAUCCAGAACUGUUACCAACCGGUUGUUUUCUCUCGCCGAGUAUCAGAAUGCAAAGAGGAUAGGCGUCUAUCUAUCCAUGCCAACAGGCGAGCUAUCGACCACCGCAAUCGUGCAAGAUGCCCUGACCAGCGGUAAGGAGGUGUUCGUGCCGUACAUCCACAGUGCGCAGGUACCGUCUCAACCCAAGACCUCCGUCAUGGACAUGCUGGCCCUGGAUUCGAUGGACGAGUUCCAAUCGCUUGCGCGAGAUCGGUGGGGAAUCCCCUCGCUCACGAAAGACCAGGUCAGCAGCAAGAGGAACUGUUUUGGGGGCAUUGGGGUCGCGGCAGACGCGACGGAGGAAACGGCUACGAAGGGGGACUGGGGGUUGGACUUGAUUGUGAUGCCUGGAAUGGCCUUCGACGACGGAUUCAGACGACUCGGCCAUGGGAAAGGGUACUAUGAUCGUUUUUUAAAGAGAUACCUGAAAUGCGCGGAGACGGAUAUGCCGACGCCAGAAAUGCCUUCAUUGGUCGCCCUCGCUCUCAGGGAGCAGCUGCUUUCCCCGUCUGAAGAAAUCCCCGUGGCACAGCAUGACUGGCCGGUAGACAUCAUCCUCGUGGGCGACGAUCGCUGCCUGGUGCGCCAACAACACUGAAAACCAACAAGAAGAAAAUCCGCUGCCCUAAAAACCGUCUCUUUCGCGUCAAGGAUCUGAAAUAUAUGUGAACAGUGCAAUUAAACGCCCUCCAGCGGCAAUUCGUAAAUAGUGAUGAUUAACAAGCGAUCGCAUGAACACGAUGACCAUUUCCAUUCAUUUCCCGCCCAUUGGUAGCAAUUUUCCUUUCCGCCCGUGUUGGUCUGUCGUUCUUUUCGUAUAUCGAUAUCAAACCGCCUGGAUCAGCGACACGUUGUCACCCUUGAGCAAAAUCUGGCCUGUGAGAGGAGAAAAGAGUCAGCUUGGGGGAACCGGAGGGAACAUGCGACGACAAUAAUUGUAUG